GUCAGCGUUCUAUUUCUCUCUCUUAAAAAUUCAAUUUUCCAUUAACAAAAAAAACCCCAUUUCCAAUCUCUCUCUGUCUCUCUCUCUCUCUAAUCUCGCCGGCGACAAAAAUUCUGCAUGUUUUCCGAUUGGUCUCCGGUGAAGACAGACAGCAACAAACUAUGUUCUGCAAUUUGUUUGAGAUGGACAAUGAUAACUAUCAGCAAGCGGGUGAUUUGACCGAUGUAAUUCGAGCCAGUUCCGCCGCCAACUCAGCUGCCCAAUCAUCGGAAUUCUCUCUCGGCGAUCGCCACCUCUUGCCUCACCUUCCUGCCGAUGACUCUUCCAUGAAUUUUGGAGAUCCCUUGUUGCUUCCCACCUCUAGUACUCAAGAUCCGUUUCUUCAUCCCCAUUUCUCUUCCUUCAAUUUUGAUUCUCACGGCGGCGGUUGGGGUUUCACGGCGGCGGAACGGCCAUCUACUGUAUUUCCAAGAAUGUUGCAGAUCUCUCCUACCUCCAAAGUUGGUGACGGUGUAAUUACUACUCCUCCAUGCGACUCUCCGGCCGUGGCGGCGACGAGGAAUUCUCCGAGCUCUAACCCGCUUUGCUUAAGGGAUAAUUCCGACCUGCAGAUCUCUCCUCCAAGAAAUCCCGCCAUUAAAAGAAGGAAGAACCAAGUGAAGAAGGUGGUGUGCAUUCCGGCGCCGGCGCCGGCAAACAGCCGAUCAAGCAGCGGCGAAGUUGUCCCUUCCGAUCUGUGGGCAUGGAGGAAGUACGGACAAAAACCCAUCAAAGGAUCUCCAUAUCCAAGGGGAUAUUACAGGUGUAGCAGCUCCAAAGGCUGCUCGGCCCGAAAGCAGGUCGAGCGUAGUCGCACCGACCCCAACAUGCUCGUCAUCACCUACACCUCGGAGCAUAACCACCCAUGGCCUACUCAACGUAAUGCGCUAGCAGGCUCAACUCGCUCCCACCCUUCUCGAACCUCCACUUCCACUACACGUAUAACAAGCCCAAAACACGAGCACAACAAUGAAAACCUAGCAACUAUGAAAAUAAAGGAGGAGGACAUGAAUGAAGACCAAACUACGGAGAAAGCAGCCACAACAAUAACAACAAACCAACAUCAGGUCGAGGGGGAUCAUCAGGAGUUCUUGUACGACUUGAUUUUCGACGAAUUUUCCGAUCAAAUGAACGAGCACGAUCAUCGUCAUGCAACGGACACAAUGAAUGAUAACCUCCUCCGGUUCAGUAACCAUGGGUUUAGUAAAGGAAAUGAUGAAGAGCGCAGUAAAGAUCCAUUUUUGGAGCUCUAUGAUUGGACAGAGAAGUCAAAUGGGAGCUUAUUCAAAUAAGCCAAUGGAGGUUGAUGAAGGGUAAUUAUCUGAUAUAUAUAUAUAUUAUAUACACAUUCACCUAGCUAGCUCUUAUUUACUUUGGUUUCUCUUGGAUGAGAUAAUUAAUUAAUUGUAUUGAGUAAAACAGAAGUGAACUUUUUUUGUUUGUGAGAGAGAGAUCAUUUCUUGGAUUAUCAUUUCAUUAGGGUUUUGUUCAUUACACUUUGAUCAGUUCAUGAAUUAUGUUAAU